AUGAGGUGGUGGUCUGCGUUCACUCCGCUAAUUAUUUACACUCAAGAAGAAGCAGUGAACCAACAUCACAACAACAACAGAUUCCCUUUGAAGAUUUCGCCUUUACGUCACAUUGUAGUCCUUGAACUCGCUGACCAUGGUGCACGCCCAAGCACAGAAUGCACCAUGGUCAGCGAAGAGCCACCGACGGAGUCGGAGGUUCUGGUCUGUAUUCAAGAACUGGAGAAUGGAAAAUCUGGCGGAGACGAUGGAAUUAGCGCAGAAAUGCUGAAAUUUCUUUCUUCCGGGAUUCGUAAGAUGACUGAAAUCUGA